AUGAAGCGUUUGAACCCUAACAAUUGUUCGGUUGUUGUAUUUAAUGACUCCAAGGAAGAUUGUAACCAGAUGCUUGAUUUGAUUUAUUCUGUAUUCUCGAACGUUGUCGUCCAGUCCAGAAAAGCAGACAUCAUUGCCGAACUCAAAGAGCAACAACAAAACGAGACAACGUCGACUCUCUUGCUGAUCGAUGCCGAAUCAUGUCAUAUGAAGGCUCCCGAGGAUUGCCCCGAUUUAUUACUGCAGAUUGUUUACUUAUUACGCCAAGGACUCUUGACCAAUGUAGUUCCAAUAGUAUGUUCAUAUCAGGAUUCUCCGGCAUUCAUGGUCAAGUGUUUACAUGAAGGAGCAGCGGAUUUCGUACUCAAACCAAUGUCCAAGGAUGUUAUAAAGACGUUAUUUUUGAAUGUUACUCGAUAUCGUAUUGAACGAAGCGAAAAAACCAUGCAGAAUGUGAAUCAAGUAUCAAAAGUGUGUCCAAACGAAAAAGAUUCGGAAUGUGGAGAGAUUUGGGCAAAGUUCAAAGGACGUCUAAAGGGAGUGUUUCGUCAAGAGCAUUGGCUAUCAAAACUUGUGGCGGAUUAUUAUACCCCUAAGCCCAGUGUCAGACGAUCUUCAAUGGCAUCCAUGUUAAAUGAGCGCAAAGAGUACCUUCAAGUCCAGAUUUGUACUUGGGAUUUUCUGCCGCUUGAUUUCGAUAACAAGGAUUUGAUUCAAGUUGUUUACAUGAUUCUGAACCAAGUUCUCUCGACCUUUGAUGAACUUGAAGCACUCCGUGUUCCCAGUGGUGAUUUGUACCACUUCAUCUUUGACAUUUGUAAUUCCUAUCACAGUACGAAUCCUUAUCACAAUUUUCGACAUGCAGUAGACGUACUUCAAGCAAACUAUUAUUUCUUGUGCAGACUAGGCGUUUUACAGCCAAUGAAUCCGGACGUGCAGUUCGCGCAUGUUCAGUCAGACAUUAAGAAUCUAUUUCAGCCGUUGGACAUAUUCGCAUUGCUUAUGGCCAGUAUUGGUCAUGAUGUUGGACAUCCUGGUGUGAAUAAUAGUUUUAUGAUCACUACCUCGGCACCAUUAGCCAUUCUGUACAAUGAUAAAUCCGUUUUAGAGAGCUUCCACGCCAUGUCAUUUUUUCAUUUAUUGAAAGAACAUUGCUUUAGUCAGCUGACCGAUCUUCGCUCUAACCCGGAGUAUGCUACGUUUCGUAAAAUUGUGGUGAAUAGCAUUCUUGCCACAGAUAUGGGCAUGCACGAUGAGUAUGUCACAAAAAUCCAGGAUCAAGCACAACGAUUGAGAAGGAAGGAAAUCGACUUUACUAAUAAGGCGACUUGCGAAAAGGAAAAGAUUUUGAUCUGCGGAGCAUUGAUCAAAUGUGCUGAUAUCAGUAACUGUGCUCGUCCAUUUGAAUCCGCCAAAAGAUGGGCCAAGAUACUAGCAGAGGAAUUUUUUGAGCAAGGCGAUCUGGAAAGAGAGUUGGGCAUGACCGUUUUGCCCAUCAAUGAAAGAGGAAAGAUUCCUUUAGAGGAUUUCCAACUUACGUUCAAACGAUUUGUUGCGCUAAAACUGUUCGAGUCAGUCAGCAAAGUAACUCCCUGUAUGCAAUUCACCGUAGAUCAGAUCAACGAAAAUGUUGACAUUUGGGAAGAGAUAAAGCAGCAAGACAAACAGCAACAGCAAAAGCAAUCACCAAUGGAGCAAAAUAGCAACUCACCAACUGAAAAGAAUGUGGUUACACCUAACAACAUACCACCACAACCGUCGCCAGAAGGGAAAUCCUCGACAAGCGAAAGGCCGAGAUCAGGCAUUUGA